UUAGAGCGAGGCGAUGGCGCGCAGGCAAGGGAUUGCUCCGCCAGUGGCUGUGCCAGCCGCGGCCACGGCAGCGGCGGCGGUGGCGGAGAGCGCCGCGCCGGAUGAGAGAUUCGUGGAGGAUGAGGGAUAUUUCUCACAGGAUCCACAGGAGUGUGUGCCAGCGGUGGCGAUGGAGGGCGCCGAGGAGGACGAGAUGCUAUCGCGAUCCAUGGUGAUGACAAGGGCCGAGGUCGUCAAGCGCCGGCGGCGAAGGGUGAGGCAGCUGAUCAAGCUCUAUCGGGUACAGUAUUGGGCAUUGCUCGAGGAGCUGCGCGCCAAGUACCGGAGGUUCUAUCUCCGGACAGGGAAGAGCGGCUGGCGCGAGGAGAAUGAGGCGGAGGAAUCGCAGCAGCCGGGCAAUGUGGACAUGAGAGUGCCCGAGCGAUCGGCCGGGGAGGCGAUCAAGUGUGGAUUCCAGGGAUGCAUGACCAAGCCGAUGCCGCUCAGCGCCUAUUGCUUCGAUCAUAUUCUCUUGGAGCCUCGCCAGUGCUUGUACAAGCCGUGCGCAUUCGUUCCUCGCAGUGCCCCGAAUGGAACUUGUGGGAAACCCGUUCUUCGUGCGGUAGUGCCAUCUUUUUGCGCCAUUCACUUCCAGUUAGCCCAGAGGCAAGCUGCUCGAGUAAUGAAGAGGGCCGCCAAUAACAACACGGUGCCUCCACUGGGAGCGUUUGCUGGCAAAGGCGCUCCCAAGCUCCAUGUCUUGAUCUCGGAGUACGUUCGAGCCAUCCAGAACAAACGAAGGGCCAGGGCCGCCAACCACAGCUAAAGCUUUAUCUUUCGUAUAGGAGGUAGACGAUGGUGUGUCCUCGAGUUUUCUUACUUCGUUAUGGUCGCAGGUUUAAACCUGCGCGCUAUAAUACAAAAGGCACUUUGAUGCCGACGGAGUAAUAUUCUACUA